UUUUUCUAAUGUCCUUGUAUCACGAAAGUGCUGUGAUAGGUGUCAGUUAAAAUUUGAAUGUCGUGCUGUACAGUGUGAAGUGAAUGAUUGUGUUGUGGUUGUUUAGGAAUUGGAGACGUUGACACUGAGUGUGAACCGUGGUAGUAUACACUUGGAAGCGGCGCCGGUGGAACAGACUGAUGCUGAUAUGAAAGAAGCGCUUGCGCAGCGAUGUCAUGAACUAGACACUCAGGUAAAGGUCCUUCAAGAAGAGAAGAUGACGCUACUGAGUGAGAUAGCUCGACUAUCAGCCGCGCAAGAUGCUGUCUUGGAUGAGGAUGCUUGCGAGCUGGAUGACGCUGGGGGUUCGCUGGGACCCGCACACGCUGGUACCUUGCGGUACAGCAAGAUGCGUGCGCAACUGGACGCUCUCAAAGAUGAACUGGACAAAGUUGAGUUGCAGCGUGAUGAUCAUCGCGCUCGCUGUGAUGUGUUAGAGAGGGAGGUGGCGUUGCUCAAAAUCAGAAACGAAGAGUUGCAGUCUGCUGCCUCAGAGAACGUGGUACUGAAGGAUGAAGUGGAUGCGUUACGUGAGACUGCUGCGAAAGCUGCUACCCUCGAAGCUACUGUAGCUUCGUAUAAAAAGAGGAUGGAGGAACACGUCGACUUGAGGAGACAAGUAAAACUUUUAGAGCGUGCUAACACAGAACACGUGCAGCGGGCGAUAGAGCACGAACAAGCGGCUGCGCGCGCAAACGCAAUACGUGCACAGUUGGAUAUAUAUAAAAAACAGGUGACAGAUCUUAAUGAAAAACUAGACGCAGAAAUCACUAAAGCGGACAGACUAGAGAUAGACAACAAAAAGCUGAGCAGUCAAUUAGCGUCGGUCCAGCGUGAGCGAGAGACCCUAUUGCAGGAGCGAGACACACUGCGUGAGACCGUUGAUGAAUUGCGUUGCUCCACUGUAACAACAGGUGCAAGCGAAGACAACGUCUCACGUGAGUUGAUCCCGAAUGAUAUAAAAGAACAACUGAUUCGUCUGGAACACGAAAAUAAACUUUUAAGACAGAACCAGGGCGCUCAGGCAGAUCAAGCAUCCGUUCAGGCCCUUUUAGAAGAUUAUGCUGCGCGUUUAGAGAAGCAGCGCGCGUUAAAUCGCGAAGCAAAUCAACGUAUUAUGCAGUUAGAAGCAAACUUGGAGGCGCCACAUCCGCGACUCGCCUCCGCCAUCGAAGACAGUCAGAGGAAAUCAUUACAAGUAGAGGAGCUCCAAGCGGCGUUAUCAGAAGAACGCCGACGUACGAGCAAAUUGCAAGAGACAUUAUCUACUCGUGAAGCUGAAUUAUUGGCUACCGAGGACAAAUAUAAGAAGUGUGUUGAGAAGGCUAAAGAGGUCAUCAAAUCUUUGGACCCUAGGGCAACAGGUCAGCCAUCGUUAUCGGAUAUCACAUUGGGAUAUUCUCGUGGUACAGGCAGUAAUAGUGCGGCCGCAUCCAGAGGCGAAACUACCCCCGCGAACAAUAACAGACAUGAGUAACUACCUUUAUAAAUAUGUUCAUUCCUUUAUAUCUUGAAACUGACUGUUUCAGUUCGAUUUUAUUUUAUCUGAUUCUACACUUUUCUUAUAAUAUAAAUAAAUAUUAAACAACAACACAUACAAUACAAUACUCUUUAUUGUUCACAUAACACAAUGAAUUACAAAAUUUUAUAGUAAAUUAACACUAUUAUGUAACAAUUGGCGGCCUUAUCGCUUAAAGCGAUUUCUUCCAGGCAACCAGUGGAUGGAGAUAGAUAACAUGAAUAAUGAAGAUGGGGGUGUGAAUGUUAACAAUACAUCAUUGAGGCACACUAAUGAUUUAUUUAAAGUAUAUAAAAAAAAUAAAAAAUAAAAAUUUUCGUGCUAAAUACACAUACAAAUGUACGAUAAAUAAAUACGAUGCAAAAAUAUAUUCAUUAACACAUACAUUGCAUUAGAUUCCAAGUUGAGUAUCUGAGACAACAAAACUAAGCCAUAAGAUCUUUAUUUAAGGCAUAUUGUGCUAGAUUGAUAAUUCUCGUAGCUUUAGUCUAUUUUACUACUUACUCUUUAAAAUAUGAUAUAUAUUUCAGUAUUGCUUUAGUUUGCGAGGCGUUAUCUAUUGUAUUGUUGAUCUAAGCAUUUUAACAUAAAAUUUUCAACGUCACCUUUCACCGAAAAUUACAUGUGACAUAAUUUAUUAGUUAAACAAGAGUGCAGAAAUGUAAGCAGUGAUCGAGUUUCUUUUUUCUAACACUAGAUGGAGCGGCAGCGGCAGCAGUACGGACGGCGCGCGCGCCGCUCACAGCGAGCAGCGCCUCCUAGCGACCGCUUGGUACCAACUCGGCGCCCGCUGUCACAGAGACGCGGUCGAAACCCGCUUCGCUCUACUAUCGGCCGGUCACUCAUUCCUCGCCCGCCAGCGCCGGCAGCCGCCCCGCCCCCGCGCCCCCACCGCCUCGCCCGCCCCCGCCUCCUCCCCCGCCCCUGCGCCCGCGCAAUGACACGCGCGCAUAUGACGUGUGCCACGCGUUCAUUACACCGGUGACCGCCGACGAGGAGGCACGUGUGAUGUACGCUUCACAUAGAUUAUAAAAAAUAAAUAUCUCGAAAAUAGGGAAUAUGCACAUUUGUGGAAAAUGUUCCCUUAUGAUAUGAAACUGUAAAAAAAGUUCCCGACACCGAAAAACUAAAUUUUAGUAAGAGUAAUAAUUUAUGAAAAUAAGUAACAGCUAUGACUAGUUAAAACGCAUGACUAGAGAUUAUGACAUUUUAAAUAUAGAUUUUGAGUGAUUGAUUAUUAUUCUGUUACCCAAAUCUAUUAUCAACUAAUCGAUUUUUUUAAAGUACGUAACUUUAAUAAUUAUAUGGUUCACCAAAUUGGUGAAAUAAAAAUAAAAGCUGAAAACUUAAUUUAAAUUAUAAUCUGUUGUUUAUUUUGUGAUGUAAUACAUUGAUUUUAUUGCAUCUAUGUUAACUUUUUGUAACAAUGACAUCCCUACAUGUGUACAUUUUCGUCACAUCUGUUCUGACUAAGUAGCAUGGCGUUUGAAUGUUUGAAAUUACUGAUUUUUUGCACUUUUUAUAAUUAUUUUCAAAAUUAAAACGAUCUAAUGUUGAAAAAAAUUACAUAGAUUAUUCUAUGGCAAUAAUGAUUGUAAUAAAAUAUAAAUACCUAAUCCUUUUUUUAAUCAGACGCAUAUUCCCUAUUGGCUAAACUAUAUUUUUGUAAUUUUUGAGUGUAUUUUUUAAACAAUAUGCGUUGUGACUCGAGGUGAGUGUAAAUACAUAGCUGUUUUUUUUAUAAAGAUAAUGAAUGAAGGAGUAUAUAACCGUCAAUUAGUUUGAUUCCUAUUCCUUUUUAUUGUAAUCUUCGAGCAGUUAGGCCAGCUUAGGCUUAGGCCUAGUUAUUAAAUUAUCAGUACUUGUUUAGUAUGAUAUAGCGGG